UACAGUUUUAAAGAAAACUAUUGGUGACAAAAAUGAUUAUGUCAAAAACAAUGACAUAAAUACAACAUCAACAUGUAAAAUAAAAUUUUAGGUAAAAAUCUCAACAUGUACGUUAAAAUUAAAAGAGAAGUGAGUCCAGAAUAUCUCAGCGCCUGACGAACCAAAAUGGCGGUCCCAGCAGUGGGCAUAGACCUAGGCACGACGUACUCGUGCGUGGGCGUGUUCCAGCACAGCAAGGUGGAGAUCAUCGCCAACGACCAGGGCAACAGAACCACGCCUUCGUAUGUCGCCUUCACUGAUACUGAGAGGCUGAUCGGAGACGCAGCUAAGAACCAGGCAGCUAUGAACCCCAAAAACACCGUUUUUGAUGCUAAAAGACUAAUAGGGCGAAAAUUUGACGACCCAAAGGUCCAGCAAGACAUCAGGAACUGGCCAUUCGAAGUAGUUUCAGAAGGCGGAAGACCAAAAAUAUUAGUGGACUACAAAAAUCAAAAACGAAGAUUCACCCCUGAAGAAAUAUCUUCUAUGAUUCUGACAAAGAUGAAAGAAACAGCUGAAAUGUAUCUUGGGGGAACAGUAAAAGACGCUGUUAUUACAGUGCCAGCUUACUUCAAUGAUUCUCAGCGUCAAGCAACUAAAGAUGCAGGAGUGAUUGCAGCUCUGAACGUUCUGAGGAUCAUCAACGAACCCACUGCUGCUGCUCUUGCUUAUGGUUUGGAUAAAGACUUGAAAGGAGACAAAAAUGUUCUCAUAUUUGACCUUGGAGGGGGCACAUUUGAUGUCUCAAUUCUCCAAAUAGCUGAAGGUUCAUUAUUCGAAGUGCGGUCAACAGCAGGAGACACUCAUUUGGGCGGCGAGGAUUUUGAUUGCAGAAUGGUGGAUCAUUUUGCUCAAGAAUUUGAGAAGAAGUACAAGAAAAAUAUUAAGGAGAAUCCAAAAGCUCUCAGAAGACUUCGAACGGCUUGCGAAAGGGCCAAGAGAACUCUUUCGUCCAGCACUGAAGCCAGUUUAGAAAUAGACGCAUUGCACGACGGUAUAGAUUUCUACUCUAAAAUCACAAGAGCUCGCUUCGAAGAGAUGUGCUCCGACUUGUUCAGGCAGACGCUCGGGCCAGUUGAAAGAGCUCUAAAAGAUGCAAGCCUAAAUACUAGAGAAAUACACGAUGUUGUUAUGGUCGGUGGUUCAACACGUAUUCCUAAAAUACAGAGGCUGUUGCAGGAGUUCUUCAGCGGCAAAACGCUUAACUUGUCUAUUAACCCUGACGAAGCAGUUGCCUACGGCGCAGCUGUCCAGGCUGCUAUUCUGACUGGCUCUAAAGACACGCGAAUACAAGAUGUCCUAUUAGUGGAUGUGACCCCACUGUCUCUUGGGAUUGAAACCGCUGGAGGGGUCAUGACGCGUUUGGUGGAAAGAAACACGAGAAUACCUACUGCACAGAAACAAGUGUUUAGCACGUAUGCCGACAAUCAACCUGCAGUGACAAUUCAGAUUUAUGAAGGUGAAAGAGCAAUGACGAAAGACAACAAUUUGCUCGGCACGUUUAACUUGACUGGAAUACCACCUGCUCCAAGAGGAAUCCCACAAAUUGAGGUAACUUUCGACAUAGAUGCCAAUGGUAUUUUAAACGUGAGCGCUCAAGACAAAAGUACAGGCCGAUCAGAACAGAUAACCAUCUCCAAUGACAAAGGUCGUCUCAGUAAAAAGGAGAUUGAGAAAAUGCUCAACGAAGCCGAGAAGUUCAAGUCAGAAGACGAAGCUAUUCGGAAGAAAGUCGAAGUUAGGAAUCAGCUGGAGGGCUAUUUAUUUGGAUGUAAAACGGCAGCGGAAAACGCAAGCAGCCGGCUGACAAACGAAGAAAGAACAGCCGUGCUCAACGAGUGCAACGACCAGCUCCACUGGCUUGAGAGCAACCCUGACGCGUCCAAGGCGGAACUGGAGACACGGCUGCAACGGGCUCAGAAAAUCUGCCAGCCAGCGAUGAUGAAGCUGCAUGGAGCAUUGGGAGGAGGUGGCCCUAGCUGUGCUCGACCAGGGUCAGUGGGGCCAAGAGUCGAAGAAUUGGACUAAGUUUUAACAGAUUUGCUGACGCAAAUUGCAGCGACUCGAUUCCCUGGUCUAGGCGUGUCAAGGGCUCAUAAGAGAUCUGCUAGCCAGCAAUGAUGAAGCUGCAUGGAGCAUUGGGAGCAGGUGGCCCUAGCUGUGCUCGACCAGGGAAGCCUAGAGUUGAAGAAUUGGAUUAAGAUAUUAUAUGAGAUUUUCUGCGUAGCAACAACUAAUCGUGGUAAGACAGACUCGUAAAAUCUACCAGCCAGCGAUGAUGAAGCUACAUUAGGUGGAGAAGAUUCUGCUACCAGGGUCAGAGUGGCCUAGAGUCGGGAAUUGGACUGAGACAUUAAAGAUAAUGCUGAAUUGCAACAAUAAAUCUUGGCAUAUCAAAGGCUUAGAAAAUUUGCCAGCCCGCUAUGAUGAAACUGCAUGGAGCAUUGAGGAGGCUCUAGCUGCCUGAGUCGAAGAAGGACUAAGAUAUGAAAGAUAUGCUGAAUUUAAUAUUGCAACGACUAGAUUCACUCUCAGUCGAAGGUUUCCAAGAUUUGUCAGCCUGCGACGAUGAAACUCAACGUUUUAGGCGAUGGUGAUCAUAGUUGAGCUAAGCCUGUUUUAAGGGACCUGAAGAAGUAGACUUGGAGUAUCGAAGGUUAAAGUUAAAGGUAUCGACGCAAAUAAAAAAUAUACCUAAAACUAGACCACAAGCGUCGUUUUGAUCCUGACGAGCUGCCAUUGAAAUUCAAAUUGAAACAGUUUUUAACCUCACAAGAUUUUCUACAAAUUUUAUAUAAAUUUUUAUGCGUCCAGAUUUAUCAAUCUAAUUAUGAAAUACAAAAUAUAUUAUAACACAAAACUA